AUGACUACUUCACGAGUAUUUUUUGAUGUUUAUGCUGAUAGUACAUCUCUUGGUCGUAUUGUAUUUGAAUUAUUUGAUAGUGAAUGUCCGAAAACAUGUGAAAAUUUUCGAGCAUUAUGUACCAUGGAAAAAGGUUAUGGAUAUAAAUCAUCAAUAUUACAUCGUGUGAUUCGUGGUUAUUUUUGUCAAGGAGGUGAUUUCACUUCAUAUAAUGGAACAGGUGGAAAAUCAAUAUUUGGUAAGAAAUUUGAUGAUGAAAGUUAUAAUAGAAAAUUUACCACACCAGGAUUAUUAGCAAUGGCUAAUCAAGGAGCAAAUACAAAUACAUCACAAUUUUUUAUUACUCUUUUACCAUGUCCAUGGUUAAAUGGUAAAAAUGUUAUAUUUGGUCAUGUUGUUGAAGGUAUGGAUGUGAUUAAACAAAUUGAAACUUAUGGAAGUGAAACAGGUGUACCUACACGGCGUAUUCUUGUUAAUGAAUGUGACUGUUCCGAUUAUUAUACAUGUCAAUUAGAAUUAUAUGAUCGAACUCUAAAUAAUUCACGUCCAUCUAUACGUCCAAUAAAAAGUGAUUCAGAAAAAAUUAAUGUUCGUCUAGGAUUUUCAUUGAUUCGACUUGUUUCUGUAAAAGAAGAAGAUUCAUUAUUUACAAUUCGCGCACAUUUAAAUCAAACUUGGAAUGCUCCAAUACUCGGUUGGAAUUUAACAGCAUAUUCAAAUGUUCGACAUUUUCGUGUACCUGCACAUUCCAUUUGGACACCAAAAAUAGAAUUAGUUAAUCCGAGUACAGUGAUCGACUCCGAAGCAAAUCAUUUUAUUAAUAUUAAUUCCGAUGGUCUUUGUGAAUUAUCUUAUUCAACUCUUCUUACAAUUCCAUGUAAUUUUGAUCUAAAUAGUUUUCCAUUUGAUCAACAAACAUGUACAUUCAAAAUGGGCUCAGCACUUUAUGAUAUAAAUGAAGUAGCAAUAACACAAGCGAUUGAUUUUGUGAUUGAUGAACCAGAUUUAAUGCCAAAUGGUUAUUCUUUUGGAUCACAUACAGUUGAACAAAAACCGACAUUUUUUGCUGGUUUUGCUAGAACUUAUGAUCAAAUAAUUAUGAAUUUUAUGAUUCAUCGACGUUCAACAUACUUUCUUCGACUAAUUAAUUGGCCAAGUUCAAUUCUUAUACUUUUAACAUUAACAAUUUUUCUUCUUCCACCAUCAGCAUCGGAGAGAAUUAUUUAUGGUAUAUUAAUACUUAUAUGUCAGUUUAUUUUAUUAACAAUUUUUGCUUUCUACGUUCCAAAACGACUUGGUUCAACAUGGCCAUGGAUGGGACGCACUAUUUUCUAUGAUAUAUGUUUAACUGCCAUGACAUUAGUAUUUUCAGUAUUCGUUCGAUUACUAUCCGAUGGAAAACAUUAUUCAUCAGAAAGACCGCCAGCUAGAAUACGUAGUUUUGUUUUUGGUUAUUUAACAAAAUUAAUUGGUUUCAAACGGUUAUCAUAUGCAACUUUAAUUGCAAACCGUGAAAAUGAAUAUGAUACAAAUGAUACAGCAACCAAUGAUUCUUUGAUGGAACCAUUAACAUCAGUUACAAAUAAUUCAACAACAGCCGAUUCUCGUAAUCAAUCAUCGAAUAUAAUAAGUCGUGAUGUUAGUUCAAUAAAACAAAAAUUGAAUCAAUUUUCUAAUGAACAUAAUAUUCAACAAGAAUGGAUUCUUCUUGCUCAUAUUUUCAAUCGUUUAUGUUUUAUCAUUUAUUUAUUUUUUUUCUCAUUUUCAAUUGGACAUCAUUUAUUUUAUACAUAA